AGAGACGGCACUGUGUUAGCUUGUAAUACAACGGAAAUAAACAAGUUUACACACGACUCGCGAUUCUGUUUAUUUACAUGGUUUUAUAUGUAUGACACACGAGUGUCGGUUAAACCAGGUUACCAAAGCAAUUAACUUCAGGACAAGUCAUUAACAAGAAAACUAGUUCAUCGGAUGUAAUGGUUAUAAUUGUUGGUCGAUAACCCACAUAAAGACUGAAGAACCUGAACAAUCCCCCUAAUAAUAAACUACUGAGAAUAUGAAUACUUUGAAGAUGACAGCUAAUUACUUUACAUUGGUGAUUUUAUUAUUUGUGUUUUGUGGAUUUUGUGUAGCAGCGGAUGAGUGCCCUGUGAAUGUUACGGAAGCGUGUACGUGUGAAAUACUCAAUGGCCUUAUGAAUAUUGGAUGCUAUUACCUAGAUAACAAUAAUACCAGUCCAAUAAUUGUUGAUUCUUCUGAUAACGCAACACGGUCAUAUCGGAUAAACACAGUGAAAAUUUCAUCCAAUAAUAUCAGCUCUUUGCCAAAGAAUUACUUUCAGCAUAUAUACUCUAUCAGCUUAUUAGAUAUGCAAAACAAUUCAUUCGCAGAAAUUCCGACCGAAGUUUUUACGAUUCCGACUGUGUCCAUUCUGCAAAUAUCUAAUAACCGACUGAAAUUGUUGAAUCUUUCAUCUUUCGCCACGGAAAGCAUUAAGGAGUUAUCAUGUUCCCAUAACGAUUUAGAAAUCGUCUAUGUUGACGACAGCUCGGUGUCUCUGAAAUCCCUGGAUAUCUCGUGGAACAACCUGAGGACCGUGCCCAUAGAACUGUGGUCUGUAGCCUCUUAUCUAAAUUUAUCUAAUAAUAUGCUGGGGUUUGUACCGAUAUUACCACAAUCUAAAUUGGAGAUUUUGAAUCUGAACAGCAACAGUAUAAACUCUAUAGAAGUUCAAGCUUUCAAUAAUGUUCCCUUCUUAGAUGAACUACACCUUGUCGACAAUCAAAUAGCAACUUUAGUUCCGGAAACAUUUGAAGGUCUGGACUCACUGACAGAAUUACAUCUUGCCGACAAUAGGCUGCAAGAUUUAAAUGAGAACUUAUUUCGUUCCCUAAAAUCAUUGAUCAUAUUGGAGCUUUCCAAAAACAAUUUGACUAAUCUAAAAAUGGAAACUUUUGUCGGAUUAGAACAAAAUUUACAGGAGCUCAAUUUAAGUCGCAACAACUUAGCAUUCCUAGUAGCCAAUGACACCUUCGAGAAUCUGGAGAACUUGCGAAUGUUAGAUCUGUCGUAUAAUAAGGGAAUCAAAGACAUCGGCCAUUUAAUGUUUCCUCCUCAUCUGGCAUCACUGAGUGUUAAAAAUUGUUCACUGACUACAAUAGGUGGCUGCAGAUUCUUAAAAAUGAAAGACAUUCAGAAUCUUGAUAUAAGUGGUAAUGAAUUUACCUGUAGCUGUGGACUGUCUUUAUUGCAUGCAUGGUACCGGGCAAGGCAGCGUCAUGGUUAUUCUGAACUUAUACAUUAUCAUUUCAAUGAAUGGUUUUGCAAAAAUGUAACCGAUGGUAAAAUAUACGCUGUUACUGACAACGAACACGAGUGUGGUAGAUACCAGAGCAUUGAAGAUCAUUGUGACAUAGCAGAAGAGGAUCCAUUACCACUUGCUAUAAAGCUGGACGUAAAAUUAUUAGAUAAUCAAAUCUCGGUAGUAUGGGACGUAAAAGGUGAUAGCAGUUUCAUUUUCGGCUUUGUUGUGUCAUUAAAAAGCACCGGUAAAGAAACGUAUAAGACACCGAUAUUGGAGAAAACUCAAUCCAGCUUCAUUGUUACUAAAUCGGAGGAUGAAUCGGAGAUUGAUGUGUGCGUCAACGUGCUUUCUAAUAAAACCUCUGUUGUUGCUAUGGCGUGUCAAUCGGUGAGCAGCUCAUCUUUGGAUUACGUUAUCGGAAUACUGGCUGGAGUAGUGUUCUUAAUACCCUGUAUUGCUGCUUUAAUUUUCAUACUUCGUAAAGACAGGAUGAUGCAGCGAUUAGAGUAUUCUCAAAUUGCAGAACCCAAAGAUAAAGCAGCUUAUCAGGUAGAAACUGGUCCUGUCGUAGUUGUAGACAGUGAAAUACUGGACGUUGACACAGCGGUUUCUCCUUAUCAUGAAAACAAAGCCUUCGAUGCUCAUUUAGAGGAGAACAUUAAACAAAAUAUUACAGAAGAGAAUAUUACGGUUACCGUUGAUAUAUCAGAUCCUCCAGAAAUCUCAGAAGUAUCGCAAUCAGAGAAUACUCAAUUAUAGAUCAAAUUCAAUUCGUUCACGUCAUGAAAUAUCUGUGUUUCUGCCCAUUUAUAUUCAUGGAUCAAUUUAAUAUUUGUACAUAUGUAUAUAUAAAUUGGAAAACAGUCAUUACACCUUUGCCACUCCUCUCUUAAAGUGAUAAUUCGAAUUAAUUUCCUGAUUUAACAGUAACAACUCGGCAAGUGUAAUGUCAGAUUCGAUUUAAAAAAUCCCCAAAAACAUCGAAUUAAAUUUUAAUGGUUUUUUUUUAAGUUGUAGAUUUUGCCACUUCUAUUAAGGAAUAAAUUAUUUUUAUUAGAAUAGAUACCCCGCCAUUUCUUAGCCGCCAUUUGUUAAAGAGACUGUUCUGUUUCAUGAGGCUUGUGUUACAGUGUAAAUACUAAAUAAAGCUGGAGCAGUACAGUAAAAGUUUAUAGAAUGCAUAACGCAAUGGUUCUAUUAUUUUAUUUAUUUAUUUAUUCAAUUAGUCAACUGUCGUGGUUUCGAUUCCCCGGUAGUUCGUGACAAGGAGUAGGGUCGCCUGUCCAGCCUCAUGGGUUUUCUCCGGGUCCUCCUCUUUCUUCCCACUGCUAAAGACUCAAAGACCCCUACGCGCAAGCGAAUUAAUGAAUAAAAUUGAGCAUGUAAGUCCCGAAAUGAUCUAGUUUGUGUCGAGUGGACGUUAAAUCCCUUUCCCCUCUCUCUCUCUCGCCCACAUACAUAGAUGAGAGAGAGAGAGAGAGAGUAAAAUAUGGUUCAAUUUUAUUUUAAUUAUUCGUUUGCGCGUAGUGUCUUCAGCAGUAUAAGGAAACCAGAGAACCCGGAGAAAACCCACCUACCCCCCCGACACACAUAGACAGAGCUGGUACAGUAACUAUGCAUAUUCACCCCUAAACUCCCCACCACUACCGUACACCUAAAACAUGUAAGCCAUGUGGACAGAUGCCCAUAAGGAAUGAGAGUUCCUGGAGCUUAAGCUUUAAUAGGUUUAUUAGAUUCUUCAAAUCCAGGAUCCAUAAACAAUCAUUUUCAGCACCCCGAUGAUUAAUUUCUCCUUGACCUCAAUGUUAAUUUUCCAUCCAAAUUGUCAAUGGUUUUUACUAAUUCAGCUGUAUACAUGUCUAAUUUCUUUCAUUGGUUUUUUUUUUUUGUUUUUUUUUUUAGGUUUUUGUUUUUAGCUUUUCUCGAUUGUACUGUUAACACAUGUAUUCUUGAAAUUAUAUCAUUAUAGAGAGAUUUUUGGUUUUUAAAGCUUAGAUUACUACUGAAUUGGUGUUGAUUAUCUGGCUGGUGUUGAUUAACUCGCUGGUUCAAAUCCCGCGCAGGAUUCUCCAUAGUAAAUAUAAACAUAUUUAUUCUUUUAAAAGCGGUAUUUCAUUAUUUCAUUCAUCAGGUACUUCACUAAUAAAAUAUUCACUCCCCACAACGUGAAAGUGGGACA